GGUGUAUAGGGUCAUCAUUGAUGUUGCACAAUGUUGUCCUUUUUGACGAAGUCGCAGGAACAUCUUUGUGGGCACUUUGCAACGAUUUGUGGCUCUGCCAGACUGCAUGAUUGUGGGAGAAGAGUCGCAUGAGAUGAAGAAACUGUGGGAAAGAAGCUCAGUCUUGACCUGUAUGCAUGAGAAAAACUCCCUCUACGAUUUAAUGCUAUUGCGCUUGCUUGUGGUGUCGCCGAAGCCGAAAGGUUCGGAGACCGUUUGCGUGGAGGAAUUGCCGCUUGUGGUGCCGUCGUUGGGCGGGUCGCGGGGAGUACUGAACCCUUAAUUAUCAUUUCGUUGUAGCCGUGAGGAACUCAGUCAUCCACUGAAUUUAUUCAUAAGAAUUGAUCGUCCCCUCUGUUUCCAGUGGGCAACGUUUGAAUGCCGAAAUGGCGGUUGCCUCAGUUAUUUUUCUACAACUUGCAUAUGAGUGGUGGUAUCCACUCUGGUUGGCCGUUAGAUGGGGUGCCACUUGACGUGCAGGCUUGCAACUGUGCUUGACUGGCUUGCAAAUUGUGGAUCUUGAUGAUUAGCUGACAGCGAUACAUCGUGUAGGUGGGUGGGAAUAGUGCGCACUAGGAGCUGAAAUUGCUUGCAUUUUGUGAAGCCUGGUGAGAUAGCUUGUUGAAUUACGUUGAUUGGAUUUGGGCGUUGCAAAGAUCCCUGUCGCUGUCUUUGAGAGGUCGUUUUGCUUUUUCUUGUUUCGUCGGUAGGGUUUUCAAGGGUCGGAAUUUCCCGUUGCUUGCAACUUUGGCGUCCAGAUGUCACUUUUUUCUUUCAGGAGUACGCAAAUCCUUUAUUUGUAUGCUUUUUUGGACGGCAAUUUGAGAGUUGGACCGACGCCUGCUUUCUAAUACUUAGAUCUCCAAAUUCGCCCAUGGUUUUUUAUUUUUGUUUCAUUCUCUUUUGCAAAUUUUCUCUCUUGGUCGAUACUCUGAGAUAAGUACCGCGAAUUCUCGCAGAUCCAAAAUUUUCAGUACAAUUACACACGUUGUUUUAUUUUCCCUCCUGUAGACUUGAACACUUGCACACUCCUCGCUGUAGCAAGGUCUCGGCCUGGCUUUUGAAAUGGAAGUGUAAACUGAAGGUUACUCCACAAAAUUACCUGGACAAGCGGUGGUACAGCCUGCCACACAGAACUAGGCUAUCAGUUUUGCAAAUUGACCACAAUGAUGAUUCAGAUGUCGUCUGCGGAUCCUAGACCUUCUGCAGGUAUCAAACGCGGCCGAGAAUCCAAUCCUUUUGACAACUGGGAGGAUACAGAAAGAGUCUGUAAGUUGGUCUGCUCUGUUGAUGUGAGGGCGGACGACAUUGAGGCCGAGCCUAAGGUUGGAAACAAUGCCUUGCAAGCUAGCCCAAAAGGUUGCAAGGAUGACCUUGCAUCCACCGAUUGUAGUUUCUUUGAGGUUCUUGGUGUGGACUUACUCCAAUGCCACAUAUUGACUCUCUUGGAUGCACGGAGCUUGGCACGAUGCGCAACAGUAUGCUCGCGAUGGAGAGCAUUGGCAAUUACCGACAAACUUUGGCAGCCUUUGGUAGCGGCCUUCUUAGCACAAAGGGCACACUUGCCCUUGUGCCUUCUGGGUCGAGAUGACGUAAGCUCUAGACUGAGCCAGCACCAUCUGUACACCCUAGCCGUUACAGAAUCUCGACAAAACACGCUUCUCCCCACAGAGUUGUGCGGCCGCACAUGGGAGCUGCGGUUGAAACCACCCUGUGGGCCAUAUUGGUUGAGCUUCGACAGCACCCAAGUCGGCAAACCUGGUCUAAAUCGCUACUUCAACUGCGAUGGAAGUAUCACUUGCGACCCCGGCGAUCCGAUUUGGGGUGGCCACGCAUGUGUCUGGGAGUUCGUCCACCUCGAGGGACAAGAUGGCAAAACCACCAAGCAUGUGCAGGUCAAUCACUGGCCUACUCUCACACCUCGGCGCGUUAGGGAUGGUCGUUGGAUCCUAGAAAACUUCUAUGGGCUCUACAUAACCAGACCUGACAAUCCUGCCUUCACCGGAUCGAGAAGCGUAGCCAAGGUUCGCAAGUGGUGUUGCAGUUCCUGCAAACCACCCACAUUCGGAUUCACGUUUUGAGUCCUCUGCAGUCAGUGCUGUAAUGCCUCCUCUCGCAAUGCUUUCUGAAGGGAAAGCCUGCAUUGGAUGCAAGCUCAUAGCAAAGAUAGGCGCGUGAUUUAGCAGCACACUGGGUAUUUGUGGCAUUCUUCAGAAGCAAAACCACACUUCUGGAUUGCGAGUAUGGUAUCUUCGAUGCUGAAUUUAAGGCGUUCUGUUCCCGCAAUGGUGACCCCUUCCAUUGACUUUGCUGCA